UCAAUAACGACGACGACAUAAGGUCUGCCACCAUAUCCGAAACGCUCUUGCUCGCGUAGUUUUGCAGCCAUCAUUUCCUGUUCUCUGAUCAUUCUCUGCUGUAACUCGAUCUCUUGUCGCAUUCUUGCUUCGGCUUCGUAUCGAGACCCGAAGACAUCACCAUAAUAUGGAUCUACACGUCCUCUUCCUCUUCCACCUCUUCCACCGAAUGACCGUGCCGCGCGUGAUGAGCCGCGCCCUGACCCUCGAGUGCCUCGUAUAGAGGAACCACGUGGUUUCUUAGCUGAGCCCGAAGCAGCCUUGUCGCCAGCAGGACGCUUUGCUGAAACAGCAGGACGCUUUGAAGACUUCUUUGAAUUUUCGUUUCUCUUCUUAUCCCAUCGCGUUAGAAGCGACCCAAAAUGUGCUUCAACUGGAACAAAGAAUAACUUCGCGGAUUUAUAUCAGUUAUAAUCACCAAUCAUACCUCCGCGAAGGAACACAUGGCAUUUAG